CGUGUGUGGCAGCUGUAUAUAGCAUUCAAAUGCAGAUUUGGUAUAUAAUGAAAGUAAAUAUUUUUGUUGUUUUCAACGGUCUCUGAGUUCAGUCUGUCACUCAUGGCUAUCGAGGCAUGGUUCAUGGACGAAAGCAGUGAAGAUCAGAGGCUUCCACAUCGCAGCAAGCCAGAAGAGUUAAUUCCAUUGCAUCACUUGGCUGAUUUGGGAGUCAUCUAUUGGCACCUGAACCCAGAGGACUAUGAGAACGAUGAGGAAUUAAAGAAUAUCAGGGAAGCCAGGGGUUACAAUUACAUGGAUUUGCUUGAUUUAUGCCCUGAGAAAGUUGCUAACUAUGAAGAGAAGCUGAAGAACUUCUACACGGAGCACAUUCAUGCCGAUGAGGAGAUACGCUACUGCUUGCAAGGAAGUGGAUACUUUGAUGUUCGAGACAAGAACGAUCGUUGGAUCCGUAUCUGGAUCAGGGCGGGUGAUCUUAUUGUUCUUCCAGCAGGAAUCUACCACCGUUUCACUCUUGACACCAACAACUAUAUCAAGUUGAUGCGAUUGUUUGUCGGAGAGCCCGUGUGGACACCAUUUAAUCGCCCACAAGAAGAUCAUCCUUCAAGGAAGGAGUACAUUAAGAGCUUCAAGGAGAAGGUUGGAUUUGCACUUGAAGCUCACUGAGAACUAGGUUGCACGAAAAUAGAAAUAUUGAAAUGAAAAAUGGAAAAAAUAUAUAAUUUAUAAAAAUAAAUUAUAAACUUUAACUUUUAAAGUUUCAAAAACUUUUUCCUUCACCAAAUGUAUGACGCAAUAAGUUUCCGUUGAAGAUAGAUUGAGAGUAGUCAAUGUAUGUUUAGGUGUUCUAUGAUUUACAACAUGCCUUAAAUAAAGCUUUUAUCAAUGCACUGAAGAUAUUUUGAGUAUUA